GGGCGCGUGGACCGGCGGUGGAACCGGACAGGGUGCGCGCACCGGGGCCUCUGAGCGCACGAGCGUGAAAUCAAAGCGUCAAAUGUUGAAUCAGCGACUAUAAAUCCUCGCUUUAGUUUGGGUCCACAACAGUAACCUCGCUACGACUCGGGUUCCCCUCACGGCCGACAGGGAGUGUCUCCGUCCCGGACAAUGUGGCUCACCCACCUCGCGCUGCUGCUGCUGCUCCGGUUGUCCGGUGUGGUGGAGGGGCUCAACACGUGCCACUCGUUAAACCUGGACGAGCAGAAGUCCAAGCGCAUCGAGGCGGUCCGCGGACAGAUCCUCAGCAAGCUCCGCAUCCGCAGCCCGCCGCCGGACGACGACGACGGCGCGACCACCGACGCGGUGCCCCCGGAGGUCAUGCUGCUCUACAACAGCACGCGAGAGCUGCUGAAGGAGCGCGAGCGGCAGGCCGAGUCCGCGUGCGAGCGCGAGAGCAGUGAGGAAGACUAUUACGCCAAGGAGGUGCAGCGGAUUGACAUGCUGCGCACCGAAACCAAUGCGGUGAACCUUGCGUCCCCCAGCCCACAUUACAGAAUGGUCCAUUUUGACGUCAGCGGAGUGGACCUGACCAACAGCACUCUGGUCAAGGCCGAGUUCAGGAUCUUCAGGGCCCCCAACCCGCAGGCCAAGACCACCGAGCAGAGAGUGGAGAUCUAUCAGCUGCUGAAGCCGGAUGAGGACAGCAGCUCCACUCAGCGUUAUAUUGACUCCCGCACGGUGCAGCCGCGGGCCAAGGGAGCCUGGCUGUCUGUGGAGGUCACUGAGACCGUAAAGGACUGGCUGGCAGACACAGAGAAUAAUCUGGGCCUGAAGCUGGGCGUCCACUGCCCCUGCUGCACCUUCGUCCCAUCCACCAACAACAUCGUGCCGAACAAGAGCGAGGAGCUGGAGGCCCUGUUUGCAGGUGUGGAUGAUGAGCAGCUCCGCCGGAUGAAGAAGCCAGGCCAGGUUAAAGGCCAGGCGGACUUCAGCACCAAGACGCCCCACCUCAUCCUCACCCUGUUGCCCAGCGACAGGGUGGACAACCCGGCCAAGAAGAACCGCAAGAGGAGGGCAGCUGCCACAGACACCACAACCUGCUCCCAUAACUCAGACCAGGGCUGCUGCCUGCGCUCUCUCUACAUCGACUUCCGGCGUGACCUCAACUGGAAGUGGAUCCACGAGCCCAAAGGCUACAAAGCCAACUUCUGUGCCGGCAGCUGCCCUUACCUCUGGAGCGCCAACAACCACUACAACAUGAUCCUGCCCCUGUACAACAAGCUGAACCCCGAGGCGUCGGCCUCGCCCUGCUGCGUCCCUCAGGACCUGGAGCCCCUCACCAUCAUGUACUUUAUCGGCCGCACGCCGCGCGUCGAACAGCUCUCCAAUAUGGUCGUCAAAUCCUGCAAAUGCCGCUGAGGGGAGAGGAGGUGGCAGGUGAAAGAAGAGGUGAGGGAGGCAAAAAGGAGGGAUGACUAGAGGACCAAAACAACAAACAACGACUUCUCUCAGGAGAGAAAAAGAGAGGACAGACGGAUCCUUUGUUCGCUCACCUCCCCUGUUUGUUCACCCUUAGGUGACUUGGGAGAUGUUAUUUUUUUACUCUGCAUUAGUAAGAUACCCGGUUUGUAAUCCCAACCUUUACAGGCAUGAAAACUUUAUCUCUGACCAUUUUUUUUUCUGACAUAUUCUGGAAUUUUCCGUUUGAUGCCGGGCACUGUACACAUGACAUUCACCGACAUAGUUGUAUUAAACCUGUAUGCAGAUAUUAAAGGGGGUUCUGUAUAAUUCAACCACAUGUUGUCCGCCUGCUGCAUUGAAAGGUUCCUUUUUAUCGCGAUUCGGAUUCCGCCUUGGCCGCGUUCCCAUGGCGGCAGGCAGCGCAGUAUGUUAGAGAUGUGCUUGUGUGCCCGAGGUUCGAGGUGUUGAUGGAAAGGGAGGCGGUGUGGAAAGGUUUACCGACGGACGGCUGAGAUCUUUGGACAGGGAGGCAGGCAGAUAGAGAGAGAGAGAGCGAGAGAGAGAGAGAGAGAGAGAGAGAGGAGCUGUGUCCAGGCAGAGCAGAGGCCCUGCCAGCUCUCUGCGGUCCCGGGCUGAAAUCUGCCCGCCGUAAACAGGAUGUGAAAGAUUUCCAGACACCGACCCGACCACUCACGGAAUGCUAGAUUUAAAUGCUCCCCUCAUCUUCUCUCUCUCUCUCUCUUUCUCUCUCUCUCUCUCUCUCUCUGUCUCACUCGAGAUUCAGGGAUUUGUGGUGGGAGGAGAGAGGGAGCAAAGAGCGGCUUUGAAAAUGAGACGUGGGAUGAUAGGGCUGUAUUUGGAAUGGCUGCAGCUUUGGAAGGUGGUAUUUUGCAGCCUUAGCAAAUUUGUAACUAUUUGGGUCUGGCUCAAAGAUUCCGUAAUCACACUCUCAUGCUCAUUUUCUGAAUGUGCCUUCAUUAUCUUAUGUAAAAAAGCUGUUGACUCAAUGCUAUUUCUACGCUAUGAUUAUAUUUUGUCAUACCUAUGUUUACCAUCAGUCACACUGAUCCACACAAGCACGCGCAUGCACGCACACUCACACACACACACACACACACACACACACUCUGCCUCUGUCUCUCUAGUAUCCACAUUGACCACUUUUGAUAGGAUGUCUAAACGCUGAAAAUAAAAAAACAUCCCCGGGGCUCAUUUUAAAUAUAGGCUCUCUGGUAUGCCAGUGGUUUAUGUGUGUGUGUGUGUGUGUGUGUAUGAGAGAGAGACUUAGGGAGAGAAAGACAGAGAGUGACUGGGUGUGCGUGUGUGUCUGUGAGUAUAUGUGUGUGUGAGACUGGUGAGGUCAUGCGUGAUGGCACCAAAAUUAUUCCCUGGGUUUUAUUGUGAAUUUUAUUGUAAUUAUCUGUAUGACAAAAACAUUUAAAAAGGAAAAAAAAAAAAUCCCCGUUCUCUGUUUGACCCUGCUGAAAGUGAGAUGUGGAUGUGGAUGUAUUUUUCCGGUGUGUGUUUUUGUUUCCUGUAAAUGACUUGGCUAACAAUAAAGUUUGAGUUGAAUAGGAA